AUGACCGCUAAGAUAUUAUAUCCCUUUGAUAUCCCUGUAUAUCCUUCUUCGAUGACAUGCAGAUAUGAAUUUAAUUUCCAAAAAAGAAAGGAAUGCACUUUUCCUUACAUCCCAAGAAAUGGAAUAGAAACUAAUUGUUCUAAAGAAAAUAUGAUGCAACCUAAACAUUUAAACUUACUCAAAUGUUUGAAGAAUUAUGUGUAUGAAAUCAUUGAAGAAAGUUGUUUUGACAUUAAGUCAUUUAAUAAUAUUUCGAAUGGAAAGAGAGCAUGCAAUGAAGAAUUUUAUGAUAUCGAAGAUACUACUCCUAAUAAUUCAAGAAUGUAUAUUAAGAACAAACUAUUGAAAACUAACAAAAAUGUAUCUAAUAGUUGCAGGGACAAUAAAACGAUAUGUAAAAAAUUGGAUAUGUUGUUAAAUCAUAGAUCUGAAGGAAAUUAUUCUCAAUAUGAUGUUUCAAAUAAUGUUUCAAAUAAUGUUUCAAAUAAUUUUUAUUUGCAAUUAAUAAAAAAAGGAAAAGAGGAAAAAAGAAAUGAGUGUAUAUAUUGUUGUAGUACCAAGGAUGUAAUAUGUCAUACACAUAAACACAAACAUACAAUGAAUCAUAUGAACAGUUACAAAUUAUCAAGAGAUAAUAUAGACAAAUUACAUCUAUUUAUUGUAAAGGAAGAAAAAGUAUUAUUUUUUCCUAUACUAUAUGCUGAAAUUAUAAUAAGAUCUAACAUGAAGUUUUUUCCUUCAUCUAAAUUGUAUAAUAUUAAAAAUAACAUUCCUUUGAUGAAAUAUAAAAGAAUAUUUUCACAUCUAAGCAUAUUAUACGUUUUAAUGAAUUCAGAAUAUAUUACACAUUAUGAUGAUGCAAAUUCUUCUCUUUAUAAAAAUAACGAUGUCAUAAACUUUUAUGAUAUUAAAGGAAAAGGUGGUGACUUAUAUGAAAUUACAAAUAUUCCAAUGGAUCAUAUUUCUUAUUAUAUGAAUAUUUUUAAUGAUUUUAAAACUGGCAUAAAUAAUAUGAAUUAUAUCCUUGAAAUGAAUAUAGAAGAACACUUAUUUGAUAAUAUGUAUUUUAUUCUAUGUAGGAUAUAUUAUAAAAAUGUAUUUCAUAAGAAAUCUUAUAGUAGUCAGACAUGCAUGAAUUUAAAUACAUGUUUCAACAUAGGUAAAGAUAUCUAUACAAGUAGGAAACAAAAUAUGUGUAUUAUUAUAGAUACAAUAAAAAUUGACCAUAUGUUCUGUAAUUGUAGUUGUGGAAGAACAGCAAAUGGUAAUAUGGAAAAUAAAAAUAACAGUAACAAUAAUAAUAAUAACUGCAGGAACCAAGGUGUUAAUAAUUCACAUAAAACUAAAAAUAGGAAGAGAAUUAAUAAUAUAAAUAGUAAUAAUGGAAAUGAUGAUGACGAAGAUGAAGAAUAUCAAAAUAAAAGAAAAAAAUAUUUUCAUGAAUGUAAUAUGAAAGGUGUACACAAGAAGAAAGGAAAGAAUAAGAACAAUAAAAAUAAGAAAAACAAUAAAAAUUAUAAUAAUAAUAAUAAUAAUAAUAAUAACAAUAAUAAUAACAAUAAUAAUUACAAUAAUAAUAACAAUAAUAACAAUAAUAACAAUAAUUACAAUAAUUACAAUAAUAACAAUAAUAAUAAUUAUUUUUAUAAUGAUAGUGCUUCAAACAAUGAUUCAUUUAAAGGAUACAUGGAGGAAAAGAAUUUUAUAUUAAAUUCCCAUUCUUCAAAUAGCCUUGAUAUGGGAACUCACAUAUAUAAUAAUUACCAAAAUAAAAUUAAUUAUAAUAUAACAAAACAAUGUAAUGAUAACAACAAUACAGUAUUCCACAAUAAUUAUUCUCACAAUAAAAAUGUUAAAGUAUUAAACAAUAUAAAUAAUAAUAUUCUAAUAGAUAAAGAAAGAGAAAGUAAUGAUUAUGAUUCAACGAAGCAUUCAAUAUUAAAUUAUGAUGAUGAUGAUGAUAAAUUAGAUAAUAUAAAAUUAAAUAAGUAUAUUUAUAGUAAUAGAAAUGAUUAUAUGACUAUUUGUGAUCCUAAUAUAAAUAUUGACAAAAAGACAUUACGUGAAAAUUAUCUUAGAUUUCAACCUAAUGUUCUUGAAAAAGAUGUAAACAGUGAUAAUAAACAUAUGACGAUGAUAUAUAUAGAUAAUUUCAAGUCUAAUACGAUACGUAAUAAUAAUAAUAAUAUUAUUAAUAAUCGUAAUAAUAACAAAUGCUUGUAUGAUAUAUCUGGUGAAGCACUCAAUCGUUUAAAGAAAGAUGACUCACUUUAUAUGAGGUUACAAAAUAUUAUAUCUUUUUCCAGUGGCCAUAAUAAUACAAAUAUUAAGGUUACGAAUAUAAAUAAUUUCAAUAAUAAUGCAAAUAAUUUUAAAAAUUUAAGUAUGAAUAAUAUGAAUGCAUCCAAUGAAUUAACAAACGUCAAUGGGGAUAUAAACAAUGAAGUAGUAAAAGGAGGAAAAACUAAUACUUGCCUAAAAAUAAAUGAGAAAAUACAUUCUCAUACAAAAUUAAAAUGUAUCAAAAAUAGGAAUGAUAGAAAUAGUAAUCAGAAUGAAAAUAAUGUAGUAUAUAUUGAAUCCGAUAUAUCUCAAUAUAAUAAUAAUAAUAAUAAUAGUUUUGAUAAUAAUAUACUGUUAGUAUGUAAAUCUAAAAAUGUUAAGAAUCAAAAUAUAAUGAACAGUCUAUCUAGUAAAGAGGAAAAUAAAAAUACCAAAUUAAAAUCUCUUAAUUACAAUAUUUUAAUAAAUCCUUGUUAUAAUAAUAAUAAUAAUGUUAUUAAUGAAUUAGUUGUGAAUGAAAAAGAGAAAAACUUAUAUGGUAACAUGAACAAGGUUUAUAACACAUUGAAUAAUAAUAUGAAUAUGAACAGUUAUAAAAACCAAAAUAUAAAUAAUAUUUAUGCAUUGACGCAUAAUAUUUCUACUGUUAACCCUAUAUUGAAUCAUUCCUAUUACAAUGAAAAUACAGAACCAAAUAAUAAAAAUCUUUUUUAUCAUACAAAAUUAGUAUCUAAAAAUUGUAAUAAUAUAGUGAACGAUCCUGAUAAUUAUAAUUAUUUGAAUACAUAUAAUCAAAAUUAUACCUUAUAUAAUAACACACUUAAUAACAACAAUUAUAUAUUACAACCUUCAGAUAAUAAUAAUAUGAAUUGUUCAUAUGAAUCGAUUAAUGGUAGCAUGCCAAUAAAUGAUCAAUCGUAUGAUUCAUAUAAUGAUAUAAGCAGUGAAGUAUAUAAUGAUUCAUAUUAUAAUAUAUACGAUGGAGAAUUUAAUGAAACAUGUUAUGAUUCAUAUAAUGUUUCAUAUAAUGAUGACUAUAACGAAACAUACCAUGACACAUUAAAUGAUACCCUUAAUGAUACAUUAUAUGAUACAUUAAAUGAUACAUUAAAUGAAACUACUAAUAAUACACCAUAUAUUACACCUACAAAUGUAUAUAACCUUUCUUAUGAAGAAUUAAGGUACAAAAUGCAAAAUAAAAAUAAUAUAUAUUGUAAAAAAUAUGAUAGUAACCUUAUUAUAUCUAAUGGGAUAAAUGAUAUGAUUUGUGCUACUAACGAAGUUAAUUAUAAUGUAUUAAAUAAUGUCACAAAUAUUAAUACUUAUGUAAAUAAUAAAAAUAUAUUUUCAAAUGGCGCUAUUAUGAACGAUAAAGGUUUACAUGCUUAUAAUAAUGAACAACGAAAUAUUAUAUCCACUGAUCAUAUUAAUAUAAAUUUUGUUAAUUUACACAAUAUCAAUUCAAAAAAUGAGCAACUAAAUAAUUAUCCAAUAAAUUCAACAGAAGAUUAUAAUACAUAUUAUGACAAAAACUGUUGUUUGGUAACCUUACCACAUGAUAUAAAAAAUAAUAAUAAUAUUAAUAUUAAUAAUAAUAAUAAUAAUAAUAAUAAUAAUAAGGAUGUUGUUAUUUUAAAUCAAAACAAUAUAAAUGACGCUAACAUUUUUAAUAUAAAUUCAUUAAAAGAAAAACUGUUGAAUGAUGAUAUAUCUAAAAACAAAGAAGAGAGAAAGAAGAAUUGUAUCAUAAGAAAGAUUAAAAAAAGGAACAAGAUUAACAUAAAAAAUAACAAUAUCAAUAAUAAUAACAAUAGUAAUUAUAAUAAUAAUUGUGGUUAUAAAUAUAAUAACAAAGAAAUUAUUAAAAAUAAUAAAAUUAAUAAUGAUUUCAAGAAAAAUACCCAAAACAAACAUACUAGUUCUUGUGUUAAUUAUAAUAUGUGUUCUAUUAACUCUUUAUCAACUAAUAUAGAAAGUAAUGAUAAUGGUGCUAUGGAAAAUUAUCCAUAUACCAAUGGAGUAUCCUAUUCAGCAAAUGGAGAAAACAAUAAUACUAAUAAUGGUAAGAAAAACGAUGAUCAUAGAAAUAAAAAGAACGAAUAUAAUAGUAACGAAAAUAAUAAUUAUUAUAACAAUAACUCUAAUAGAAAUAAUAAUAAUAAUAAUAAUAAUAAUAGUAAUUUUGGUGGUAAUAAGAACAAUAGAGAUGAUGAUAAUGAUGAGGAUGAUGAAGAAAAUAAUAACCACAAAAGAAAUAUGCAUGGCAAAAAUGGAGAACAUGGAGAAGAUGGAGAAGAAGAUGGUGAUGAUGAUGAUGAUGAUAAUGAUGAUGAUAAUGAUGAUGAUAAUGAUGAUAAUAAUGAUGAUGAUAAUGAUGAUAAUAAUAAUAAUAAUGAAGAAAAUGAUCAUAAUAAAAAGAUAAAAGGAAAAACCCAAAAUUAUAAUAAUGGACAUAAUAAUAAAGAUGACGAAAACAAAUGUACUAAUAAUAAAGAUACAUUUCAUUUAUCCAAAAAAAAUAAUUAUGAAUAUACUAUGAACAAUAACUAUCACAUGAAUAAUGAAUAUAAUAAGGAUGCUGAAGGAAAUAAAAAUAACUAUGAAGAUAAUCAGGAUAAUACAGAUAUAAAAUAUAAUGCUUGUACUAAUGGUAAUGGUAUAAAUGGCAUAAAGAGUGAAUAUCAUAACAAUGAUCACAACGAUAAUAAUAACAAUAAUGAUAAUAACAAUAAUAAUAAUAACAAUAAUAAUAGUAAUAAUAAUAAUAGUUCUUGCACAAAUAAUUGUGAAACUGCUGAUAAUCGUAUGAACCUUAAUGGUUCCAACCUAGGAAAAUUUAGCUACCUUACUAAUGUAUUAAGUAAUAAUAUUAAUAAUAUAAAUUUUAUAAAUAACAAUAAUAACAAAAUGAAUUUCCUUAAUAAUGAAAACGUGAACCAAUUCUUUAAUAAUAUGAAUUAUAAAGAUUAUGUUAAUAAUAUGAAUUAUUUAGAGCCAAAUAAUUAUAUGAAUAAUAAUAUUAAUGAAUUAAAUUAUUUUAAUAAAAAUAUGACCCUAAACAACAUAAAUGAUAUAAAUUAUGUUAAUGGUAUAAAUAAUGAUAGAUAUAUGAAUGGAAUCAGUAGUUCACAAAUGAGUUACAAUAAUAUUAUCCGUAAUGAUAUAAUAAGCAAUGUAUUGAAAGGUGUACGGGUAAGAAAUAAGGGAGGUCCUUAUGAAAAUAAAAAUACGAAUAAUCCAAAUAGUAAUAAUAAUAAUGAGGAUGAUGAUAUUAACGAAAAUGAUAAUAAUAAUGAUGAUGAAGAUAGUAAUAAUAAUGAUGAUGAUAAUGAUGAAGAAAAUAAUAAUAUUGAUAAUUGUAUACCUUUUAAACAUCAUAAUAUGAAUAAUGUAAGUAUGAAAAAUGGUGAUGGUAAUAAUGACGAUAAUAACAAUAUGAACCAUAAUAAUAAUAAUAAUAAUAACAAGAAUAACAACAAUAAUAAUAAUAACAAUAAUAAUAAUAAUCGUAAUGGUAACAAUAAUAUUAUUAACCCAUUCUUUUUAUAUAACAAAAUGCUUUUCAUGAAUAAUAAUAAUAAUAAUAAUGCAAACAGUUUCAAUAAUAGUAAUAUAAUAAAUAAUUUUACAAACAAUGGUCUAACACAUAAUCACAAUCCUCAUAUGAAUAUAAAUAAUUUUAGAAAUGACAACAUGCAAAUAUUACAUAAAUAUGGUAUUCAUUAUAAGGACUUAAUACCUAUGAAUAUGUUACCAACAGCUCAUUUAAAUUUAGGUAGAGAAAAAAGUUCUACCAAGUAUGAAAAUAGUUCAUACAAUAAAAAGAAAGAUUUGAUGAAAAGACGAUAUGAAUUACAGAAAGCAAUAUUAUUAAACGUAGAUGAAGAUCUAAAAGAAAUUAUAGAUGAAAUUAUUCUUAAUUCAACAAUAUUACCACAAAAAGGAAUGAGAGGUAGAAAUACAUUAGAUUCUAAUCAUCCAAUACAUAGUGUAUGGAAAGAUACAACAAGAGGACAUUGCUCAUGGAGAUGUAGAUGGUGGGAAAAUGGAAGACGUCUAAGUAAAAAUUUUAAUGUUAAAAGAUUUGGAAAUGAUGGUGCAUUGAGAAUGGCUAUAACUAUGAAGUUAAAAAAAAGUACUCCCAAAGAACAAAUGCAUUUAUUAAAACAACAAAGAGACUAUUUAAAUUUAUGUUAUGGUGAUAACUGGGAAACAAAAAUUAAAGAAAUUCAAAAUACGAAUAAUGUAAAUCAAACUGUAAAUAAUAAUAAUAAUAUAAACAAAAAUAAUAUAGAUAACAAUAAUCAAAAUGAUAACAACAGUAGUAGUAGUAGUAGUAGUAGUAAUAAUAAUAAUAACAAUCAACAUUAUGUAUCAGCCUAUACAGAUAUAAAUAAUAAUGCUAACAUAACAUUUAAUAAUUUAUUAAAUAAUAAAAAUGUACCUUACCAAUAUCUCAAUGUUAAAGACAAGAAACAAACAUUUCAACAAUAUAAUCAUAUAAAAGACGCAGAAAAUUCUUACCCUUAUAUGCAUAUAAAAGGGGGAACGCAACAAAAUGGUAUAAAGAUAAAACAUGAUAUAAAUAAUCAUCAUUCACAAAAUCAACUUUCCAUAUCUAGCCAAGAAAAUAAUAUUUACAAAAAUACUAUUAUGGAUGAAAAAUUACUCAUUCAAAAUUUGCAAGCAUGUAUAAAUGAAAAUAAUAAUAAUAGUAAUACAAAUGGAUCAUAUAAAAACUUUCUUACAAUUACAAAUCAUAUAAGAAAUUUAGAUAAUAAUUCAUAUAAUGCAAACAAUAAUUUUAAUACACAAAUUAAAUCUUCAUCAGAAUAUACACCUAAUGACAAUUCCAUAUUAAAUAAUAACAAUAAUAAUAGUUAUAAUGUGCAAAAACGUAUUCAAAAUAAUUAUUACCACAAAGGGGGAAACAACAGGAAUACUUAA